AUGGAGGCUCAAAGCCAGGCUCAAAGUCUAUCGGAGUGUAACCAGUGCGGAAAGAAGUUCCAACGUAAAGCACAUCUCCUUCGACAUCAACAACAACAUUCCGGUGUUCGACCAUACAGCUGCAUAUUUUGUUUCAAAACCUUCAAACGCAGUGAUGUUCUCCGAGACCAUUUCAGCAGAUGCGAGCUUCGCGGGUCCGCCGCUAUCCCAGAUUCUUUGGAACGAGGACGAAAACGGCACGCAUGCGACGAAUGCUCGAGGCUGAAGGUCAAAUGUGACAAUGAAGUGCCGUGUCGCAAAUGCAAAGAAUUUGGAAGAUGUUGUGUAAAGACGAGGAGUUCCAAUUCCGCUUCUUCAACAAAAGCAUCAGCAAGCCCCGAGAUGCCACCUCCUCUGUCUCUAACACCCCCCUCUACCACUCCGGAACCUCCAUCAGACCGAAACUCGAUUAGCUUCUUAUUGAAUUUUCCGAACGUGGCAGAGUUCAUGCGCGAGUUCCCAAAAGUUUCUACCGUCAGCCCAGAGAACAGAGUCGCAGAACAUGCAAGUUUGUUUCCUCAGAGUAUAAUACAGCCAUGGGUCGGAGAAGAUCUGAGGAGCCAAAAUGUGGCAAAUUUUGGAUACAGUGCAAGUAUGGAGAUAGAUCCAAACGUAGCCUUUCUUCAAAACCUAGAAUUCGAAACAUUCGAACGACUAACACUUGAAUGCCAAUUUCCCGCAGAUCUGUGGCCUGGACCGGAUGAUAUGUUUCUCAAUCGCAACGUCUUGGAACAACGUGCCUUUGAUAUACAGAAGAAGUUGGGGUAUGCUGCAAGCUCACAGGCCGGAGUCAAUGCUCCAUCAAAAGAGAUUAUUGAAGCAAUUGAGCUCAUAACGCCCAUUACAAUUGCUGCAUAUAUCAAGUUGUAUUUCAAGCAUUGGCAUCACCAUGCACCCAUGGUUCAUGAAGCUACUUUGAACCCAUGUACAGCUGCAUUACCUCUAGUUCUUUCGGUCAUGAGUCUUGGUGCAAUGUAUUCUAAACAUGCCGAUGAGGUUGCGAAAAUAAAGCUUCUUCUAGACACCAUAGAAACUUACAUCUACUCAAUUAUUGGUUUUAGUGAUGAAUACGAUUUACCUAGUAAGACCUAUGCUGAGCGUAAUGUCAAUUCAUCGCAAGAAUGGCUGCAAUACCAGUUGGAGGAAUUUCAGGGUGCGUAUCUUAUUGUAGUUGUGCAAUACUGGAUAGGCAACGAGAUUGCAAGAACCCGGGUUAGACAACAACGCUUUGCUAGAUUAAUAUCUAUUUACCGCAGCUUGGAAUUAAAUGUUGUACAACAUUCUCCUGGGGUUGUCAUCAAAGACCAAUAUUCGUUUAGAGAUUGGAUUAGAACAGAAUCUUACAUUAGAACAGCAUCUGUAAUGAUGAUGCUCGACAACGCUUUCGCAAUAUUCAACAAUCUCACCCCAAGACUUCAAUGGGCAGAGAUAGAUCUAGCAUUUCCUGGUAAUGAUGAAUAUUUCAAAGCUGCAACGUACGAUGAUUUGGGCAACCAUUCUGGAUUUCCCAUUCCUACAAUAAAAAUAAAGGAUGCUUUCCUGCUACUAUUCUCUCCUAUGGAAACUGCCGACAAAGAUCUAAUGCCGUUAUGCAAUCGCAAUAUAACUGCCCUUGAUAUGCAGAUGCUUAUUCAUAUUCUUUACGUUCACAUCUGGAACUCCACAUUCUGCAAUCCUCUGGUUCAACUACCCACAACAUCUAUCUUUUCACUCGUGGCACCUUUCAAACUCGCCUUGCGCAAUUGGAAAUUGGUUUGGGAUGAAAUUAAAUCGGCGUCAGAUGCUGAUGAGUGGAUGAACCUGGGGUUUGAAAGAACGGCGGAAACCUAUUAUUUUGCGGUCAUCAGUAUAUUGCGGAUCUUCGAGUCGAAGGAUGGGAAGUUUCCGGCGAUUCCUAGUGAUUGUGAUAAAGGUGCGCAUUUGCAGAGGCUGUUGAGUUUUUGA